UGUGUGUGUGUGUGUGUGUGACAGUGUAGGAAAGAGAAUGACAUAGAGACAAGAGGAAGUAGCAGAAGAGAGAGUCAGACUGUGGAAGACAGAGUGUCAAAGACCAAGGGCGUAGUCUGUAAAAUACAAUUUUCAAGUACCACAAACAAGCAUGGCACUGUGGGAUCUGUCCAUCACAGUAGAGGAACUGGGACCAGAAGCACCACCUCUUAAAAUCAACGUCACAUCUGACCUCCAUAUCGGAGGUGUCAUUCUUAAAAUUGUGGACAAAACACAGAUUAAGAAGGACUGGUCGGAUCAUGCGCUUUGGUGGGAGCAGAAGCAGCAGUGGUUGCUGAGGCCGACGUGGACGCUGGAUAAGUACGGGAUCCACGCUGAUGCUCGUCUCUGCCUCACAUCUCAGCACAAGCCCCUGAGGUUGUGCUUGCCCAAUGGACUCACCCUCAGGCUCCCUGUUUGCUUCUCCGGCCCCAUGUUCCGCAGUGUGAUGGGCAUCUGCAAGCUGCUCAAUAUUCGUCAUCCAGAGGAGUUGUCACUUCUUAAGCCGACAGAAGAGAAGAAGAAAAAGAAGCAGAAGGGUGAGGAAGAGCAGGUGUAUGACAUCUCUUCUGCACCAUUGCCUACAGGUUCUAUUUUAAAGCUGGCCAACGGCAUGCCUGUGUUCUUCGCUGAAUCUCCUCAGGCAGAGGAAGUGUAUAAGAUGAUUUCAGUAAGUCAGCCCGCUCCAGCCCCUGAGACCAUCGCAAAAAUGUACAGACCAAGCAGCAAGUUGGACAAAGCGCAGAUUAACAGCAGGUGGCUCGAUUCAUCUCGUUCUCUCAUGCAGCAGGGAGUCAAAGAAGACGAAAAACUACACUUGCGCUUCAAAUACUACACUUUCUAUGACUUGGCGCCGCAGUUGGACGCUGUGCGUUUGACUCAACUGUAUGAACAAGCCAGAUGGGCCAUUUUGCUGGAGGAGAUCGACUGCACAGAGGAAGAAAUGAUGCUUUUUGCUGCCUUACAAUACCACAUAGGGAAAGCUUCCCAGUCCGAGCAGUUGGUUGAGUCUUGUCCUGCCAUGGAUGACCUGGACUCGGCUCUGCAGUGUUUGGAGGUCAAGCUGGAAGUAGAAAGCAGUGCAGAAGAGAUGCUGGAUACUAUGACAGCACCAGAGCUGCACGACUAUCUAAAGCUUUUCAGACCAAAGAAACAGACGUUAAAGAAGUACAAGCAGUUUUGGUUUACCUUCAAGGACACGUCUAUUUUGUACUAUAAGAGUAAGGAGGAAAGCUGUAAAGAACCAAUACAGCAGAUGAACCUUAAAGGAUGUGAGGUGGCUCCUGAUGUGAGCGUAGCUGCCCAGAAGUUCUGCAUCAAACUGCUGGUUCCUGAACCGGAGGGCAUGAACGAAGUCUAUCUGCGCUGUGAAAACGAGCAGCAGUACAGCAAAUGGAUGGCCGCGUGCCGUUUGGCAUCUAAGGGAAAGACCCUGGCUGACAGCUCUUUCUCUAGUGAGGUCCAGAACAUUCAGUCGUUCCUGGCCAUGCAGAGGACCACGCCAGGAAACAAGACAGCCCCGAGCGAUGAGAGCAUCAACACACACAGCCUCGUCUCACCACGCUACCAGAAGAAGUACAAGCCCAAGCAGCUGACUCCUCGUAUUCUGGAGGCCUAUCAGAACGUGGCACAGCUCUCAUUAACGGAUGCUGUCCAGAAGUUUCUGCAGAUCUGGCAAGCUUUGCCUGACUUUGGGCUCUCUUAUUUUGUAGUCAGGUUUAAAGGGUGCCGUAAAGAUGAGUUGCUGGGUAUCGCCAAUAACCGCCUGAUCCGCAUCGACCUCAGCAUAGACGAAGUGGUGAAGACUUGGAGGUACAACACCAUGAGACAGUGGAACGUUAACUGGGACAUUAAACAGGUCGCCAUCGAGUUCAACGGCAACGUGAACGUGGCCUUCAGCUGCGUGACGGCAGAUUGUAAGAUCGUACACGAGUACAUCGGCGGAUACAUCUUCAUGUCCACGAGAAACCGGGAGCAAAAUGAAAUUCUGAACGAGGAGCUCUUUCACAAACUGACAGGAGGCCAUGACGCUCUUUGAGAGAGUAAAACAGACACAGUAAAAAUCGGAGACUUCAGAUAACAUCAAAGAAACUGCGUUCUUCCCUGGAAACAGGCCAACGCACGGCCUUAGUUUUAAAGCAAGGAAACAUACACUGAGAUUCAUCAUCUGCAUCUAAAAGCUUUCUUUUUUUCUGACCCACUAAUGCAGCAACACUAUUGUUCCUUGUUUGGAUAUACAAGUUAAUACCUGCAGAAAAUAUAUAUAUAUAUUAUUCUGUCUUUUUGAGGGUCACUUUUUUGUCAUCGGUCCUGUAGCUGUUGAAAUUAGUUAUACUUAAAUAAAACUAAUAAAACUAUAAA